AUGGAUUCAACUCCAGAAUGCUUUGUUAGAUUACUAAAGCUUAACGAGCAAGUUAAAUCAGGAAAAAAGAAACUCACAAAGGCACAACAAGACAAACUUGAUUCACUUAUUUCGGCAAUAAAAUUAUCAGAAGAGGCAAAUAAUACUUUAUUGAAGACAAAAGCUGGCGUCUUAUACGAAAUAAUUGUCUACACAUCUAAACUUAGCGUUUUAGAAAAAAUUGGUGUUCGAAAUCAAUGGGGUCAUCAACUACUUGAAGAGAUGAAAACAAUCUUAUAUGCUGAAGGUAAUGGAUUCCAACUCGAUGAUUACGCUGGAAAACAAUGA